CAGCUUUUUACAUAUUUCAUAUAAAUUGAAAUGACAGCAUUGGCUAUUUAAGCACAAGCUAACGGCACUUUUGGUUAAGUAUAAUUCACACACAGGACAAGAAAAUAGUGUAACGCUCUCAUACAAAAAAAUGGCGUCAGAAGCCGACAAAAGUUUUGAUGAUGAAUUUGAAAGAUAUUUGCAUCGCAUGUUCUACAUUAAGCCAACUGAAGAAACAAGUAAAUGUGAUCCCUCCAUUGUGGAGUUUUUUGGAGUCCUAAGUCUCACUGAUAUGCGGGCACCUGAUCGCAAGCUAUGGUAUAUUUAUUAUUGUAAGCAGCCAGAAGUAGAUGAUACCUUGAACCGUAUUUUCCACAAGUACGGCAAAAAGAAUAUGUGUGAAAUAUUUCGGAAACCCACAUUCAGUGGCGCUGGCUUGCGUGCCAGAGUGAAAACAUUUUUUUCCGAAAAGAAAUGGCAUGUUAAAGGCAAUCUGCUGGAGGCUCCGCCAAAGAAUCCCUACAAUAACGAUCGAAUGGUCAGAAACAUAACAAACCUGUAUGACGAGGAGCGGAAAAUGCUUUACAAUUACAUUGGUAUGAAACACGAUGCGUUCAGUAGGUACUACAACUACAACUAAAUAGUCGCCUAUAGAGUAUUUUUAUAUUUACAAACUGUGAUUCAUAUAUGUACAUACGUAUGUAUAAUUAAAGUAACAAAGUGUGUGUUCUGAUCAAAGACUG